CCGCACAUCUUGUUCUGGUGUUAUUAUAAAAUGGAUAACUGUUUUGUUAACGGACGACAAUUAUGUCGGUGGCGGAUUACCCUUGCAGUAAUUAUUGAUGUUAUCCUGUACAUGAUAGUGGGUAUCCCGGUAUUGUUCCUCUUCCUGCGAGGUACUCCGGUCGAGCGCGGCUUCCUAUGUGACGACCCGACCCUCUCUCUCCCCUACCGGCCUGAAACAGUCUCCACUUCCGUUCUCAUCAUCGUCGGCUUCAGCGUCUCGAUUGGCGUGGUGUUGCUGGUGGAGCUGCUAAACACGGCUGACCGGAAGUGUCACCGUCCUUUCCAGGGUGCUGAUGAACUAGGCUUCUGUGUGCGUGGCUAUGGCGUCUUUCUUGUGGGCUUCCAGCUGCAGCAGCUUAUUGUGGAAUUUGUAAAAAAUCAGCUGGGUUCACUCCGGCCCAACUUCUUAGACGUUUGCCAGCCCCAGUUUAAUCGGUCACUUUGUCCAGGGUACAUCAACGAAUACACGUGUAUCGAAACUGAGUACGGAGUAGACGAGAUUCGGGACAGUCGACAGUCUUUCCCUUCUGGCCACGCAUCCUUUUCUAUGUACAUUGCAGUGUAUUUUAGUUUAUACAUCCAGCGGCGGCUACAUGUGUCGUUCUCUCGGAUUGUGAAACUGUUUCUUCAAUUCGGACUCGUCUUCCUCUCGUUAAUCUGCGGUCUCGGCCGUAUCCAUGACAACAAGCACCACCCAGCUGACGUCAUCGUUGGAUUUGUUGUCGGUCUAUCCACAGCAACACUAGUGUUUAAACUCGUCGGGGACAAGCUCCUGACACCAGGUAAAGAUUCUGGCGUCCUUGCUCUUCAUUCAAAGGAUGAACUACAAAACUGUUGCUCAUGCAGAGUGACCACUCCUAAAAUUGGAGAUCCGGAGACACCCGCACCGUUGAUACCGAAUGAAUACUUCAAUGACAUAUCAAAUGGUAAUGGAAGCGUCCAUAUAAACACGUGUAAUCUGAAAUUGAAUGAAACACCAAAUGUAAAGCGUCAUAUGUCAACACCUAUCACACCAAAUCAGCAGGUGGUUGGCGAUUGACCUUUGACAUACGACAAUUGCAAGAGAAAAUGUGUUCCGGGAUUUGCGUUGCAUGAAGUAGUUGACGAACGUCGUAUAACGUUAAAAUUUGUCCGAUCCAUUUGUCGCAAAGAACGACUACGAUCGCAGAAACGGAAAGUGGAUAAUAAUCAACAGGUGCUGUGCCAUAUCCAUAACUAUGGAUUUAUUUGUGAAUGUUGUGAUAUAAAUUGCUCCUCCAAUGUUUUGACACGUAUGUAUAGUAUGCGUAUAAUUGUAUAGCAUUCUGCUUUGAGCCUACCUGUGAUAUGUUUAGUAUGUUUGGUGAAAUAAAAAAGUACAAUAUACUAUUCUUGCGAUUAUGAAUUUAUCGCUAGCGUUUUAGUAAUAUAAAAGCAAACACGAAUAGUUUUUCGUGUUGGUUCGAAAGGUAUUAUGAUGAGUAUAUGUUCUGUUUUUGGUUUGUUGCAUUUCUGUAUAAAGUGUUUAUACCUUUG